AUGCUUUUACUGAUAGAGCCACCAGGUACCAAACAUCAUGAUGUUAUCGGGUCCGAUACACAACGUGCACAGCAUCUUCUAGAAUACAGCACACCUGAGGAAGAUGAAGAACCGGAUAGUGACGAUGUAAUGGCACCAACAAUUGUCGGGACAAUAGCAUCUUGUGCACAGAAAAUGGAUCAAUUUUUGGUUGGCAAAUCUGAUUCGUAUGAAUUUUCUGAUCGAUGGAAACAUGAAUUCAGUGAACGACCGUCAUGGUACGAUGCGGAUAUGGCUUUGCAGCAAAUUAAACGGGGUAAAGCACGUGGCAAUCGUGCAGCUUUAUAUUCGAGAAGUUUAAUUCAAAAAACACUGUUUAGCCUGGGAACAUUUGUACAUCAUCACGCGUUUCUCGUAAUAUUCUCCGUUGUAAUGUUCUUCUGUUUCUGUUGCUAUGGAUUGCAAUACGUUCGCAUUGAAACGGAUAUCGUCAAGUUAUGGGUAGCACGUGGUGGCCGAUUAGAAGAAGAGCUUAAUUUUCUUUCGAAAAUAGACGAUCUAAAUUUUGAUAAUGCACAUGGUGAAACAGGUCUUGGUGGUACUUAUCAGGUUGUGAUACAGACUCCGAUAGUUGAAGGAGAUAAUAUACUUACUCAAAGAGGUUUAUUAGAACAUGUCACAAUUCUGGAACAAGUUGCAAAUUAUAAAGUGAAUGUUGCUGGCGAGAAUUGGACUCUUGCUGAUUUGUGCUUCAAACCGCCGUCACCGAAAAUUGGAAACUCAUUUGCUGCUCAGUUUUUACCACUUAUUGAUAAAAUAAUACCGUGCAUUUGGAUUACACCGAUUGAUUGCUUUUGGGAGGGAUCAAAAGUGAUUGGACCACAUCCCAGUAUUGAAAGCAGUUCACUUGGAUAUGGAAAAGAAUUUCUGACAUCGUUAUCAAACACAGACACUUUAUCAUGGUCGAACAUUGAUCCACAAGCACUCCUAGAUGAAUUAUCCGAAGUUUUGGACUUAGAUAAUUUUAACAGUUUUUUUCAUCGAGCUAAUAUCGGCAAGGGUUAUCUUGAUCGAUGGUGCAUAGAUCCAUUGAAUCCGGAAUGUCCAACUGGAUCACCAAACCACUUUGCUUUUUGUGACUUGAUCCCUAAAUUUUUGGAAUAUGCAAAGAAACAAGCUUUUGAAGUACCAGUUGAUCCUGAAUAUCUUCACCGCGAAGAAAGAAAGAGGAACCUAGAAGACGAAUACAGUUUGUUCGGUUUCCUCGGCAAAAGACGAAAGAGAGGCUUGAGAAAAUCAACUGAUAACUAUUUGAGUGUAGGUGGGAUGUCGAAUGAUGCGAAUCGAUCUGAACUUUCCUUUAGCAAGGAUGACACUAUCGAAGCAAAUGAAACUUUGAUAGUUUCAUCUUUAGAUUUUAAUUCGAAGCUUAUCCAAAAUAGCAUAGACAACGUACAAGUUGGAACUUCUAAAGUUUUAUUGGAAACAACAUCUGUUGCAUCAUUAGAUCGGUCAGCAGAAACAACACCAAAUCCAAAAAUUCUGUCUUCAAGGAGCACAAACGAUAGAGGUUCAGUCGUUCAUGAGGAUGACACUGAUUUCCUGUAUGACGAUGAUGAAGAUAAAGAAUUUAAUUUAAAUGGUGAGGAGACUAGGAAAAAUCAAGUCAAAAUUUCAGCUGAAUUUUGCGCGAAAUAUGCACGACCUUUCUCGGAAUGGCUUCGAAAUAAUACGAAUAAGUGGCAUGAGUUUCUUAAAUUGCACGAAAUGCCUGUACUUCCUAAUUAUGGUGAAGUAAUGACUGGUGGUUGUCGUAGUUUUGCGAAAGAUGUUAUGUUAUGGCCACAAGAUCUGAUUAUUGGUGGCGUACAGAUAAAAAAUGGUACGAUUGAAAGUGCGGAAGCUUUGCAAAGUGUAUUUUUGGUUGCUUCGCCCACCGACAUAUAUAAUCGUUUUAAGGAUGGUGAUAAAAUUCAUUCAAAACCAAAUUUAAACCUAAUGCAAUGGAAUGUAGCUAUGGCAGAAAAUGUGGUUAGAACGUGGCAACGCAACUUUACAAAGAAUUUAUACAAUCAUCAACUGAACUUCAUUGUUGAUCAAAAAAGUGAUUCGAAGGUUGCUCACCGUCGCAUACAUCCAUUAGCAUCAACAUCGGUGGCCGAUAUAUACUUUCUGAUGUUGGUCUAUGCAUUGCAAGCUCAAAUGAAAUGUCAUGGAUGCAUGUUAGCUGUUGAUUCAUGCAUUGGUCUUGCUUUUGCUGGUGUCUUAGCAAUUACUUUUGCAUCAAUUGCUGGUUUGGGCCUGGCCACAUGGUUGGGUAUCGAAUUCAAUGCUGCUACUACUCAGAUAGUUCCAUUUCUAACACUUGGUAUUGGAGUGGAUAAUAUCUUUCUGUUACUGCAUAAUUAUCACAGUGUAAUGGAAAAUGUGAAGAAAGAUGAAGUUGGUAUGUUAAUGAAAGAAACUGGUAUGAGUGUUAUGAUGACAUCCAUCAAUAAUAUUCUUUCGUUUCUUACCGGAACAUUGUUACCAAUUCCUGCAUUACGUGCAUUUUGUGCGCAGUCUUCAAUUCUUUUGACAUUUAAUCUUAUUGCUGUGCUUACGAUUUUCCCAGCAAUUAUAUCAAUCGAUUUAUGUCGUCGCAAAAAUUAUCGUCGGGACGUUUGCUGCUGCUCAGUGACGAAGAAUUCAUUUGCCAGAGAAAGCAGUUAUAUGGUCGACAUCAGUGUCAAACCACAUAUUCAGGAAAAAUUGACAGUUGGUGGGACAGUUCCUUCAUAUCAUAAUCUUUAUUCGCCUAACGAUCGCGGUGAUGACAUGGAGGACGAUAUUGUAAAGCCUUGGACACUUCAUGCUUUCCUACGCCAUUACUAUAUACCAUUCUUAAAGAAGACAAUGGUUAAAAUAUUUGUCAUCUUGAUUUGCUUAUGCUUGUUACUUGCUGGAUUAUUUGGGUUACGCAACACUACAUUCGGCCUUGAAAUGAGUGAUGUAUUACCCGAUCAAACAGCACCGGCUGCUUUCCUGAAAGCUCGAGACCGGUACUUUAGCUUUUAUCCGAUGUUUGCCGUAUUACGUGGAUCAGGCAUUGACUAUGCAAAAAAUCAGCACAAAAUUGAUAAUUAUCGUUCGAGUAUUGGCAGUUCUCCUUUUGUCGUGAAAAACAAUGAAAAAGAACCAAGCGAGAAAUAUUGGUUAUCAUUGUUAAGGAUAUGGCUGAGAAAUUUGCAGCAGAAGCUGGACCAAGCAAUAGCUGAUGGUUUGAUUGAUUUGUCAACGGGUGCAGUUGUGGGUGAGGAAACUGAUUUUAUGGGAAAAACCGAAAAAUUACCAACUGAUGUCAAUAUUGCUUAUCGAUUGGCAUGUAGCUACGGAUAUACAUACAACUGUACUGGUCGUAUCGGAAAGGUACGUUUUAUAGAUGAAAGUGGAACGAUUAAUAUGGAAAGUUUUUACAACUAUUUAACAGCGUGGUAUAAUUCUGAUAAAAUGAUGUAUCACGUUUCAUUAGCUUCGUUUAUUCCUUCACCACCGGAGUGGGCGAUCGAAAAUAAAACAGCUCGUUUGGUACCACCAGCAGGUCCAUUCGAAUAUAGCCAAAUACCCUUUUAUCUUACAAAUCUAUCCAGUACAUCGGUUAUCAUCGAAAUGAUUAAGGAGAUUCGUGCUGUUUGUGAUAAAUUCAAUGCUGAUGGUCUGCCAAAUUUCCCAGCCGGCGUUGUAUUUACAUUCUGGGAGCAAUAUUUACAUUUGAGCACCAAUCUUUUCCAAGCUAUUUGUGUGAUAGCAUUUGCUGUAUUUUGUGUGAUCUCUAUUAUUUUAUGUAAUCCGUGGGCUGCUGGUAUUAUUUUGAUAGUUUUACUGUUAAUGACUAUUGAGCUAACCGGUUUCCUUGGUUUGGCUGGUAUCAAAUUGAAUCCUAUCUCAGCUGUAACAGUUAUCACUGCCGUCGGUAUUGGAGUAGAAUUCACAGCACAUGUUGUGCUAGCGUUUUUAACAUCGCUUGGUAGCCGAAAUGAUCGAAUGGCAAAGUGCAUUGAUCGUGUUUUUGUUCCUGUUAUUCAUGGUGCUUUUUCGACACUACUUGGGAUUAUUAUGCUUGCUUUUUCGGAAUUUGAAUUUGUUGUAAAAUAUUUUUUCGUAGUAAUGUCAGCAUUGAUUUUUAUUGGUAUUAUCAAUGGUCUUGCUCUGCUGCCAGUUUUACUAUCACUUAUUGGACCACCAUGUGAGAUUGAGUCGUUGGAUGGAAGCUAUCGUUUAUCUCCUCCGCCGCCGUUACAUCUACAGAUACGACGAACAGUGCAAGAAUCGCAAUCACAUCGACGCAACUGUUCUGAUGACAGCAAUACCGCUACUCUUGCAUCUGAAAAUUGCAGUACAAUGCUACUGAUAUCGGCGCCACGAAGCGAUAAUAGUGGUACAAUUGGUGCACCGCGGCUGGUUCCAAAUAGUCAUGCUCGGUCUGCAAGUGCUCAUAUUGUAUAA